AUCAAACUAUCCAUCCGUCUCAUUUUUUUAAUUUAAAAAAAUUUAACAUUUUUUACAUUACAUAUAGUUAAUAAUGUUUCGUGCUUCAUCUUUGACUAGAUCCGUUGGUAGCAAACUACAAAAAAUGAGUAAAGUAGCCAUACCAUCAUCAAAAAGAUGUUAUGCCAAAGAUUUAAAAUUUGGUGCGGAAGCUAGAGUUGAAAUGCUUAAAGGUGUCGAUAUACUCGCUGAUAGUGUAGCAGUUACAAUGGGCCCUAAAGGUCGCAAUGUCAUCCUAGAACAAUCAUGGGGAUCGCCCAAAAUUACCAAAGAUGGAGUUACAGUUGCAAAAGGAAUUGAAUUAAAAGAUAGAUAUCAAAAUAUAGGAGCUAGAUUAGUGCAGGAUGUGGCAAAUAAUACAAACGAAGAAGCUGGUGAUGGAACUACGACUGCCACCGUUUUAGCAAGAUGCAUUGCCAAGGAAGGAUUUAAUAGAAUUAGCUCUGGGGCGAAUCCAAUUGAAAUUCGCAAAGGAGUUAUGAUUGCUGUUGAAAAGGUGGUUGAAAAUCUUAAGAAAAUUUCCAAAAAAGUUAGCACUCCAGAAGAAAUUGCUCAAGUUGCAACUAUAUCUGCUAAUGGUGACAUAGAAAUAGGUACCCUGAUAUCAGAAGCAAUGAAAAAAGUUGGAAGAGAUGGUGUUAUAACAGUUAAAGAUGGUAAAACUAUGAAAGACGAAUUGGAAGUAAUUGAAGGAUUAAAAUUUGAUAGAGGAUAUGUAUCACCAUAUUUCAUGAACACUGCUAAAGGUGCUAAGUGUGAAUUCCAAGAUUGCUUUGUGUUAUUGAGUGAACAAAAAAUUUCUACUAUUCAAUCAAUAGUUCCUGCUUUAGAAUUAGCAAAUUCUCAAAGAAAACCAUUAUUGAUUAUAGCUGAAGAUAUAGAUGGAGAAGCACUUACUACUUUAGUUUUAAAUAGGCUAAAAGUUGGUCUACAAGUUUGUGCUGUAAAGGCACCCGGAUUUGGUGAUAAUCGCAAGAAUCAACUCCAUGAUAUGGCUAUAGCUAUAGGUGGAACUGUUUUUGGUGAUGACGCCAACAUGACCAAAAUUGAGGAUGUUUUACUCACCGAUUUUGGAAGAGUGGGAGAGGUUAUCAUCACUAAAGAUGAUGCAUUAUUAUUGAAGGGCAAAGGCAAUAAAGGUGACAUCGAAAAAAGAAUAAAUCAAAUCAAGGAUGAAAUUGAAGAAACGACCUCUGAUUAUGAAAAAGAAAAAUUACAGGAGAGAUUAGCUAAAUUGUCUAGUGGAGUAGGUGUAUUAAAGGUGGGUGGUUCCAGUGAAAUUGAGGUUAACGAAAAGAAAGACAGAGUAAAUGAUGCUCUCAAUGCCACACGAGCAGCCAUUCAAGAAGGAAUAGUUCCAGGGGGUGGAGUAGCUCUUCUCAGAUCUGCCAAGUGCUUAGACGAAUUAAAAAAUCUUAACAAUGAUCAACAAAUUGGCGUAGAAAUAAUCAAAAAGGCACUCCGAAUGCCCUGCUACCAAAUUGCUAAAAAUGCAGGUGUUGAUGCUUCAAUUAUAGUCGAGAAAGUAGCUAGUUUUCCCUCUGUAGAUAUGGGUUACAAUGCUCUUACAGGAGAGUUUGUCGAUAUGAUUAAAACUGGAAUUAUUGAUCCUACCAAAGUAGUAAGAACCGCCUUAAUGGAUGCGGCAGGCGUGGCCUCUCUCCUUACAACUGCUGAAGUUGUUGUAACAGACAUUCCCAAGGAAGAAUCUGCUUCUCACCCAGGAAUGGGUGGUGGUAUGGGUAUGGGUGGAGGCAUGGGUGGAAUGAUGUAGAAUAUUGUUUCAUAUACUAGACGCUGCGUUUUUUAUAAACCAUUCAUUUUGCAAUGUAUCUCGUAUUAUUUAGUAAAUAUAUAUUUUUUUCCCCCAUUUGUAAAUAUAAUUUUAAGUAUAUUGUGUAAGGAAAAUUCUUCUUUAUUAAUAAAUUUCAAUUAAAAUAAUAUUUUUUUAAUAUUACAUCAUUGAAUAUUGUGAUGAUAUAAAGAUCUAAAAAAGUUUAUAUAAUCUCCUGACAAACUUUUAAUUGUAUAUUAAAUUUUUUACAAAAUCAAAAUUCUUUUUGUUAC